AUGGAAAGUGAUUCUCAAGAAGGAGUUUAUAAAUAUGACUUGUUUUCUUGCUUCGAAGAUAUUCCUUUAUGUCUUUUUGCAGUUUUUUGUCCUCCUUGCGCUGCUGCUUCAAACAAAGAAGCAUUAUCGGGGGGAGGAUGCUGGUGCCCAUCAAUUGGUUUUAUCCCAGAAAUAUAUUGGACACGCCAGAUAGUUAAAACUCGAAAACAUAUGGUUAGAGAUGAAGUAGGCGACUGCGUUUUAACUAUUUUUUGCCUCCCAUGCGUAUUAGUUCAGGAUGGGAGAGAAAUAAAAUCCGGAAGUUGUCCACAAAAUCCAUCCGAGUACUAUUUAAAUACAUUCGAUCAAGUUCCAUUGAUGCAAGAAUCCAGAAAUAAGAAAUACCUUGCAUAA